UGUGACCGCCUCAUACCUGUCCUAAUUUACUAGUUAGAGUCGUCCCGUGCUGCCUUGCAUCCGGUCUGGGUUGGUAGCGGGGGGAGAGAGAGAGAUGAAGGCGGUGGUUAUCGCGAGGCCCGGCGGGGCGGAGGUGCUGGAGGUGCGGGAGGUGGAGGAUCCGGCGGUGGGCGACGACGAGGUGCUGAUCAAGGUGGAGGCGGCCGCACUGAACCGGGCCGAUACCCUGCAGCGGAUGGGUUUGCACCCCCCGCCCGCGGGCGCCAGCCCCUACCCCGGCCUGGAGUGCUCCGGCACCAUCCUCGCGCUCGGCCGCUCCGUCGUCGGCUCCCGCUGGAAGAUCGGAGACCGCGUGUGCGCUCUUCUGAGCGGCGGAGGGUACGCGGAAAAAGUGGCGGUACCGGCGGGGCAGGUCCUCCCCGUUCCGGAAGGUGUCUCCUUGAGGGACGCCGCGAGCUUCCCCGAGGUGGCCUGCACGGUCUGGUCCACCAUCUUCAUGACCAGCCGAUUGUCCCCUGGCGAAUCUCUCCUGGUUCACGGGGGAUCCAGCGGAAUCGGUACAUUUGCUAUCCAGAUAGCGAAGCACCUUGGAAUUAGGGUGUUUGUCACUGCAGGAAGCGAAGAAAAAUUGGCUGCGUGCAAGAAUCUUGGUGCUGACGCCUGCUUUAAUUAUAAGACUGAAGACUUUGUGGCGAGAGUAAAGGAAGAAACAGGAGGCAAAGGUGUUGAUGUUAUACUGGACAAUGUCGGUGCAUCAUACCUUCAGCGGAAUCUUGACAGCUUAAAUGUUGAUGGUAGGCUUUUCAUCAUUGGCUUACAGGGAGGAAGAGUUACUGAAGUGAACCUGUCAUGUUUGCUAGCAAGGCGCUUGACUAUCCAGGCUGCGGGGCUGCGGAAUAGAACCCCAGAGAAUAAGGCGAUUAUAGUGAGCGAGGUGGAGAAGCAUGUGUGGCCUGCAAUUGCUGCAGGCAAGGUGAAGCCCGUGAUCCACAAAGCUUUUCCCUUGUCAGAAGUGGUAGAGGCUCACAGGCUGAUGGAGAGCAGUGCUCAUAUUGGUAAGAUAUUGCUGAUUCCGUGAUCACAAGUGAGAUAACAUUUCAAUGCAGAGGACACCCCUGCAUACUCUUCUUAUGCUUACAGUUCAGUAUAUGUAUGAUGUCGUCAAUGUUAACACACCACCUGGUGUAUACUUUCUCAUUCCCUGAGCAUAGUUACACCAACAAUAUGCAUCAAGGAUUAUAGCCCUAUUGUGUAAUUUUAUUAUCUGUUGUUUAUAGUCCUGGUUGAUCUUAUUUCUUGUUAUUACUAGUGGACAGGUAGAUCUUCUUAUUGUAUAAGUGUGGACGGUGAUAAUAAUAAUAAUUGUUGGUGGAGCAUGAGUUGCAUUUGGCAACAUGGUGAAUUGGUGAU